AAAAAAAGAAAAGAAAAAUAGAGUAAGGUAAGGUUUGUAUCGUGUUCUCUUCUUCGUUAGUCUCUUUCUGUCUUAUCCCAUAACACAAUACAAUAAUCUCUACCUAUCUUUCGUUUUCUUCUUCUUCUUCGUCGUCGUCGAAAUCCUUCACGUUCUUAUUCCAAUCUUUUUUUUUUCUCUCAUUCAUCGUCUUUUCGUACCAUUAAUUGCUCCUUCCUCCUCCAAAAUUAGGGUUCCCAACUUCACCACAAAAAUGCUUCUUUGCCUCCAUGCCUUUGCUUGAUGCUCAAUCAUCAAUAAUCUCAUAUACUACUUGCAUAUGUUAGGUUUAGAAGGUAGGAUGAAAGGUUUUAGAGAUUGGGUUUUAUCCCAGAUAUCGUCUAAAUCAUUGAUGUCGCCUACGCCAUUAUUGGGCAGUGAUAGUUUAUAUGAUGAAGGGCGUUCUAAUGAAGAUUCUAAUGAGCAAGCUCCCGCAGCUAACUCUGUAGCAUUGCCGGUUCCGUCUGCCACAUCAAACUCUUCUACCAAUCAGAGUAGUUCCACCUUGCAGCAAGCUUCAGAAGCAGAAAAUUUUCAAUCUCAACUUAGCGGUAAUGGAAGACGGAAGGAUACUUUGGCUAAAGUUGAGGAUCUACAAGUUCAAUUUUUCCGCUUGCUCCAGCGCCUCGGCCAGUCAAAAGAAAACCUCUUGGUGACAAAGGUUCUUUAUCGCAUGCAUCUUGCAACUUUGAUUCGUGCUGAGGAAUCGGAUCUGAAAAGAGUUAACCUUAGCAGCAGUAGAGCCCGAGCAAUAGCAAACCAACAGGAGGAAGCUGGCAUGCCCCAAUUGGGCUUCUCCUGCAGAAUACUUGUCCUUGGUAAAACUGGAGUUGGUAAAAGUGCUACCAUAAACUCUAUAUUUGGUCAAGAAAAAGCCAUGACUAAUGCUUUUCAACCUGCUACUAAUUGCAUCCAAGAAAUUGUGGGAACUGUCAACGGGAUUAACAUAACGUUUAUUGAUACCCCUGGUUUCCUGCCUUCCUCUACUAAAAAUGUGAAGAGAAAUAAGAGGAUUAUGCUUUCUAUUAAGAGAUUCAUUAGAAAAUCCCCUCCAGACAUCGUUUUGUACUUUGAACGGCUUGAUCUUAUCAAUUCUGGUUAUAGUGACUUCCCACUUUUGAAACUCAUAACCGAUGUAUUUGGUGCAUCAAUAUGGUUCAACACUAUCCUAGUCAUGACCCAUUCAUCCUCAGCUAUUCCAGAAGGACUUGAAGGAUAUACUGUUAAUUAUGAUUCUUAUAUUUCGCAAUGUACUAACCUAAUACAGCAGUAUAUACAUCAGGCAGUGUUAGAUUCAAGGCUAGAAAACCCUGCACUUUUUGUUGAGAACCAUCCUCAGUACCCAAAAAAUAAUAUGGGGGAGAUAAUUCUUCCUAAUGGACAGGUUUGGAAAUCUCAACUCUUGUUAUUUUGCAUUUGUACCAAAGUUCUGGGUGAUGUAAAUUCCCUCCUUAAGUUUCAAAACGGCAUAGAACUAGGACCAGCAAACAAUGCCCGAGUUCCUUCUCUGCCCCAUCUCCUUUCGUCCCUGCUACGCCAUCGCCCUGUAUCCAAUCAAAGUGGAAUCGAUGAUGAAAUUGAGGACAUUUUACAUUCAGACAAGGAAGAAGAUGAGUAUGAUCAACUUCCAUCCAUACGGAUCUUGACAAAAUCCCAGGUUGAAAAGUUGUCCAAGCAGCAAAAAGAAGAUUAUCUGGAUGAAUUGGAAUACAGGGAGACCCUUUACUUGAAGAAACAAAUGAAAGAAGACUAUCGCAGGCGCAAGGAGAAGUUACUCUUACAAGAGCAAGAGUUUUCUAAUAGUGAUAAUUCUGAUGAUCCAGAACCUGUUCAGUUACCGGAUAUGGCUGUUCCUCUGAGUUUUGACUCAGAUUGCUCUAUACAUAGAUAUCGCUGCCUUGUUGAUAAUGACCAAUUCCUUGUAAGACCUGUUCUUGAUCCCCAAGGAUGGGAUCACGAUGUGGGUUUCGAUGGUAUAAACUUGGAGACAGCUACUGAAAUAAAGAAGAAUGUAUAUGCCUCGGUUGUGGGACAAAUGCAUAAGACCAAGCAUGAUUUCAAUAUUCAAUCUGAGUGUGCUGCAGCUUAUGUUAAUCCGUUGGGUCCUACUUAUUCUAUUGGCGUUGAUGUUCAAUCUGCAGGUAAAGAUAUGGUUUGUACUGUUCAUAGCAACACAAAAUUGAAAAACAUAAAGCACAAUAUUGCUGAUUGCGGUGUUUCUUUGACAUCUUUCGGAAAGAAAUACUACGUGGGUGCAAAACUCGAGGAUACUUUGCUAAUUGGAAAAAGAUUAAAAUUUGUCGUUAAUGCUGGCCGUAUGGAAGGUCAUGAACAAAUGGCAUAUGGUGGAAGUUUUGAAGCUAGUUUACGAGGGGAAGAUUAUCCCGUUAGAAAUGACCAUUUAAGCCUGACAAUGACAGUCCUCUCCUUCGAUAAAGAGACGGUGUUGAGUGGAAGCUUAGAAUCUGAGUUAAGGUUGAGUCGAAGCCUGAAAGCAUCUGUUAGUGCUAAUCUAAAUAGUCGCAAAAUGGGGAAAAUAUGUAUAAAGAUGAGUAGUUCUGAGCAUUUACAAAUUGCCUUGGUUGCAGUUUUCUCAAUUUUGAAGCUUCUGUUACGUAGAAAGGAAAUUUAGAACAUGGUGAAGAAAUUCAUGGAAAGAUCUUAGGUUCUAUUUGUUUAGUGAUAUUCAUCUAUAUUGAUCAGGGAAAAAGUGAAAAGUGAAGCAUUCUGCAGGGAAGCAUAGAUGUGGACCAUUUUCCCUUUCAGAGGGAAAACGGAAUUAGAAUUGGAUAUUUUUUAAGAGUUA